UAUAAUAUGUUACAAUGGCUAACAGUUAAUACUGCACUUGCUUUUCACAUUUUAUAUAAUCAGGGAAUAUAAUAGGGGAAUUCCUCUACAAUCCUUUUCUCGAAACAAAUGCAUGAUUGAACGAAUUUUGCUUUUCUUAAUAAUCUUUUAUAUUAUCAAGAUUUGGUUAGGGUGAUCACAUAGCUUUUAUAUAUUCUUUUCUCAUACUUAGCUGAACCAGUGGCCGGAAUGCUACUUAUCUUUAGUCUUAUACUGCCAAACCUUUUUUUUCUUGGCUCUUGGGUUCUGACGCAAGGCGUGAGUGAGUGAGUGCAGUUGUUGGAGAGAAUGAGGUUGGUGUUAUGUGAAGCUUAAACAUGAGAAAACAACACAAAACCCAAAUCAAAAAUUUUUUUUUGGUUGAAUCUUUCAAAACUAUCAGAUCAUUUCUAACUCCUAUCUAACCUUUACUAGCCCGCUUCAUAUUUUAAUCAGUAGCUAUUCUUGGCAAUUGGGUAUUUGAUUUGCUCCUUGGAUUCAAUGGAGGCAUGGGAAAGGAAUGCCCUUUUUUGUGCGGUUUUGUCUUGCUUAUGGACAUCUGUAUGCGGAUUACUAUCUCCAAAAGGUGUCAACUAUGAAGUGGAGGCUUUGGUGAGCAUUAAGGAUUCACUGCAUGAUCCUCAUAAUGUUCUUAACUGGGAUGCAACUGCUGUGGAUCCAUGCAGCUGGACUAUGAUCACUUGUUCUCCUGAUGGUCUGGUUACUGGCCUAGGAGCUCCAAGCCAAAGUUUAUCUGGAACUCUUUCACCAAGCAUAGGAAACUUAUCAAAUCUCCAGCUUGUGCUUCUACAGAAUAACAACAUUACAGGACAUUUACCCUCUGAGCUUGGGAGGCUUUCAAAACUCAAAACACUUGAUCUUUCUAAUAACUUCUUCAGUGGUCAAAUUCCCAGUACUCUAUCCAACCUAAAAAACCUUCAAUACUUGAGGCUAAACAAUAACACUCUCUAUGGACCAAUUCCUUCCUCUUUGGCUAACAUGACCCAGCUUUCCUUCCUGGACUUGUCUUAUAAUAAUCUGACUGGUCCUGUACCUAGUUUUCAUGCUAAAACAUCCAACAUUGUAGGAAACCCUCUGAUAUGUGGAACUGCAAAAGACUGUCCUGGAUCCGUACCGACUCCACAAUCUUUGUUCUUGAAUAAUUCACAAAACUCUCAACCUUCUGGAAGUGGAAAGAGUCACAAAAUUGCCUUGGCCUUUGGUUCAAGCCUGGGCUGUGUCUGUCUGUUGAUUCUUGGAUUCGGUUUUCUUCUAUGGUGGAGGCAAAGACGCCACCAGCAAAUAUUCUUUGAUGUUAAUGAACAGCGUCACGAACAACUGAACCUUGGAAACCUGAAGAGAUUUCAAUUCAAAGAACUUCAGGCAGCUACAAACAACUUCAGCAGGAAGAACCUGAUAGGAGAAGGUGGUUUUGGAAAUGUUUACAAAGGGUAUCUCCAAGAUGGAACAGUUGUAGCUGUUAAAAGGCUGAAAGAUGGCAAUGCCAUUGCUGGUGAGAUCCAAUUUCAAAGAGAAGUAGAGAUGAUCAGCCUAGCAGUUCAUCGCAAUCUCCUCCGUCUCUAUGGAUUUUGCAUGACAGCAAAUGAAAGGCUGUUGAUUUACCCUUACAUGUCCAACGGGAGUGUUGCUACUCGUCUCAAGGCCAAACCAGCCUUGGACUGGGGCACAAGGAAAAGAAUUGCCUUAGGAGCUGCAAGAGGUUUACUAUACUUGCAUGAGCAGUGCGAUCCCAAGAUAAUUCACAGGGAUGUUAAGGCUGCAAAUAUACUGCUUGAUGACUACUGUGAAGCUGUUGUAGGAGAUUUUGGAUUGGCAAAGCUAUUAGAUCACAGGGACUCGCAUGUGACCACAACUGUGAGAGGUACUAUGGGACACAUAGCCCCUGAGUAUCUCUCAACAGGUCAAUCCUCCGAGAAAACAGAUGUUUUUGGGUUUGGAAUCCUUUUACUUGAAUUAAUAUCUGGCUUAAGAGCUGUGGAAUUUGGGAAGUCAGCAAACCGCAAAGGAGCCAUACUUGACUGGGUGAAGAAGAUUCAUCAGGAAAACAAGCUUGAGUUGUUAGUUGACAAGGAUCUGAAAAGUAACUAUGAUAGAAUCGAGCUAGAAGAAAUGGUUCGGGUAGCUCUGCUAUGCACCCAAUACCUUCCAAGUCACAGACCUAAAAUGUCAGAGGUGGUUCGGAUGUUAGAAGGAGACGGACUUGCUGAGAAAUGGGAAGCAUCUCAGAAAGCUGAAUCAACCAGAUCUAAAGCCAAUGAGUUCUCAUCUUCGGAGCGAUAUUCUGAUCUUACUGAUGACUCUUCAUUGCUCGUCCAAGCGAUGGAGCUCUCUGGACCUAGGUGACAAGAUUCUCAAAAAAGAUGGGAAAGCAUUUUACAUAGCUUGAAAUGAAAAGAAUCCAAGAUAACAUGCUUGUGAAAACAAACUUCUUGUAUAUUAGCAAACAUAUUGCAGCUCUAAAGCUUCAUUUCAAAUUUUCUUACUGUACAGAAUCGGGAUUUGAAAUUGACAUACAGUUGAGCGAUACAUGUCUUCCUGUUCCUGUUUGAGUGAAGAUUUUUCUUAUUUUCGGAGAUUUUCAUCUGGGGUUGAAUGUAAUAAUCAUCCUUCAAUAAAAUAUUGUUUCUUCUGCUUAAA